AUGAACAACCUCCGACUCCUCUGCCGUAGUGCUCUUCUCUUCUUCGUUAUCUUCCUCAGCGUCCGAGCUGACGGUAUCUUCCGAGAUGCUGGAAAUACUGCCCAACAUGCAGCCGACGCUGCUGUUGACACCGUCGGCGGUGCCGCCGGUGCGGUAGCGGAAGGUGCAAAAACCGGCUACAAUGCAGUGGCCAAUACUGCCGCAGACGCUGCUGAAGUAGCUCGCAAAGGAAUCAAAGAGACUGUAGAAGACGCCGGAGAUACGGUUCACCAAGCUAGACACUACACUAGCGACAAAAUCCGUGAUGCGGCCUAUGUUGUCGAUAGCGGAGCCCAAGGAGCGAUGACGAUUGCAUUCUGUGUGAUGCCGCUCUUCGUCGUCCGCUACCUCACUUGUUAA